CAUAUCAGCGCGCGCUUGAAUCCUAAAACCCUAAUAAAAACAAGUGUCGAUUUCGUUCAUUUUUCCUACUCUGAGCAAGAAUGGAGGACGACGCUCCGAUGGAUUUUGGAGAAUCUAACAAGGAUAUUGAGGUGGCUCCGGCACUAAUAGCCGUCCACCCGAACCAGGAAUCCGUCGCAGUCGCAGUUGGGUCGGACCUCCGUGUCUUCGAUGUCCAUGGGGAUUGCGCAAUUUCUUUGGUGGAUGACUCUUCCAAAGGAUCCCUUCAUAAGGAUUCUAUAAGAGCUAUUCGUUAUGGAGCAAGUGGGAAGCUGUUGGUUUCUGCCGGCGAUGAUAAAUUAGUGAAGAUAUGGUCCACCGAGUCCUGGCGCUGCGUUAGUACUGUGUGCUCAGAGAAAAGAGUGACUGCAGUUGCCAUAACCAAUGAUGGUUUAUAUGUUUGUUUUGCUGACAAAUUUGGGGUUGUUUGGGUUGUGGAUCUGGAUGGGACUGAUGGACAAGCUGUUGCCAAGAAGAAGGCUGCACAACUGCUUUCUCACUAUUGCAGCAUCAUCACUAGCUUGGAAUUUUCACCUGAUGGAAAGUUUAUUGUUAGUGCUGAUCGAGAUUUUAAAAUUCGGGUUACUGUUUUUCCUAAUAAACCUUUAGAUGGAGCUCAUGAGAUACAAAGUUUUUGCCUUGGUCAUACAGAGUUUGUUUCUUGCCUUGCUUUUGUGUGCACUCUGGAGUACCCCCAGGGUUUUCUAGUCUCUGGAGGCGGUGACUCAACAGUUCGCUUGUGGGAUAUUUACUCAGGGUCUCUCCUCGACACUUAUGAAGUUGGAGGAAAGGCAGGACUUUUAGAGUCAAAUGGAAGAGAAGAGGAGUGUUGUUCUGUAAUUACCGAUCUAUGCACCAACCAAGAUGGUACACUUGUUGCAGUGGCGGUCCAAGGAUUGCAAGAAAUAAUAUUGCUGAAAUGUAGUCUUUCUGCAAGAAGUAUCUCUCUUGCAAAGGUGGUUCCCAUUGGGGGGGAGACAUUCAUUCCUACGAGACUAGAAGUUAGCUUUUCCACUGGGUUAUUGUGGAUGGUGACCGGUGUCUCUAAUCUGCGUGGUUUUGAAUACCCUUCUUUGGCUCGCGUUAGAGUUAUCUCGGGUUUAAAAAGUAAUGCCGAUUUUCUUCAGAAUGAACCGUUUGUGUUGGAAGAUAAUGAGAUACCUGGGGGAAGGAAGCUGCUUGAGAAGUUGCAGGGAAGUAUAUCCUUUGAUGAAAAAGUUUUCAUGGCGGCAGCUGAAGCUUUGAAAACAGCGAUGAGCAAUUUAUUAAUAAAAAAACAGUACUCUGUUGAGAAACGAGAAUUUAGAAAGAAAACCAGAAAUGAUAGAAAGAUUAAACAGUGAUGAGAUUUCAGCAUUCAGGAAACACGUUUCUGUAACUCUAUUAGGUUUAUGUAAUCCUAAUCAUUUAAAUCUUUUAUUAGAAUAGAACUGUAUUAUGUUUAGAAAUUAGCAAGCUUGUUUUCAAGUGGUGGUUGCAAGUGGCAACCAGUUCGAGUGUAGAAUAGAAUUUAUAAUCAGGUUAAAUUAAAGAGGAUUCCGUUUAAUUAAUAAAUUGUUGUUUUUUAGCGAGUAA